AAUGAACAAUAAACAGUACACGUUUGGAUAUUGAAAUACAAUGAACAAUUAUUUGUUACUUCAAUUCCAUCUAAAUAGUCAGUGUGGUUUUGGUGUUUAGAUCAAACUGGUCGUUGGUAUUUUAAGUCAGUGAGUUGUAAACAUGGUUCAUAUAAAAAGAGUUUUAGUUCUUUAUGUUGGAGGUACAAUUGGUAUGAAAAAAAAUUACAAAGGAGUGUUAUGUCCAACUCCGAACGCAUUUUUUAAUGAAGUCAAGUCACAUCCUGAAAUGCACGAUUCUUAUUGGGUGAACGAAAAUCCUGACAAAUUAUUAGAAGCAAAUGAAUUAGCACUACCUAGAAAUUAUGAUCCACAGCAAAUUACUUAUCAAAUAGUAGAGUACAGCCCAUUGUUAGAUUCCAGUAAUAUGACUUGCAAAGACUGGAUUAGAUUAGCCAGCGAUAUAGAGUAUUACUACAAUAGUUAUGAUGGUUUCAUUAUACUACAUGGUACGGAUACUUUGGGUUAUACUGCAGCAGCCUUAUCUUUCAUGUUUGAGGGCCUACAAAAGCCAGUAAUUGUUACAGGAUCUCAAAUACCGAUAUACGAAAGCAGAAGUGACGCAAAAGAUAAUUUUACGAAAUCACUGGUCAUCGCUGGAUCUUUUGACAUUCCCGAGGUAUGCGUAUUCUUUGCUAACAAAUUAUUUAGAGGAAAUCGAGUAACCAAAAUUAAUACAGACAUGCUAGAUGCUUUCGAUUCGCCGAAUUAUCAUUCUUUGGUAGAUGUUGGUAUAAGUUUUAAAAUGUAUGAACAUUAUAUCAAGAAAGUUGAUUACAACCAGAGUUUUACUGCUUAUACCAAUUUAAAUCCGAACGUUGCAGUUUUGUACUUCUUUCCAACUAUAAACGCUGAAAUGCUAGAAUCAUUUUUAAGAACAUCUGUUGAGGGAGUAGUCAUUCAAAGUUUCGGAACUGGAAAUAUUCCGUCAGAAAGAAAAGAUAUUCUGAAAGUUCUCAAAGAAGCCAUCAACAGAAAUACGUUGAUUGUAAACAUAACACAAUGUGCCAGGGGUACUGUGAUUUCUUCAUAUGAAUCUGGAAAGGUAUUAGAUGAAAUUGGGAUUGUUUCUGGAAAAGAUAUGACCGUAGAAGCUGCACUCACGAAAUUAGCUUACGUUUUAGGAUUACAAGAACUGACAUUUAUGCAAAAAGUUAUGCUCAUGAAAACUAAUUUGAGAGGAGAGAUGACUCCGUGAGAAUUUCUGCAAUAGAAACAAAAAUAAUUUAUUUUAUAUUAAAAAAAAAACGAUCUACAAUCAUAAUCAUGUAUUGAAAACUAUUCUUUAAAAAAAAAAAAAGAAAACUUUCAAAUAUUUACCUAUAUGUAUACAAAUAUUUCCGAGUUCUGUUAUUUGACACCAAGCAAAAUGAUUCAAGUUUGUAGGUUAUUUCCAUUUCCAAAC